GGGGGGUGAACCCGAAGUGCGCAUUAUUUAGACUCUUUGGCGGGCAUUUUCAGCUGGAAACCAGGACGGCUUUUGAGCACACCAGUAAUCCUCUGAAGAGUGUGUUCCAACUUCCCUGCUAGCAAUGGGCUUCCUCAAGCGUUUGGAGCUGGAGAAUUUCAAGUCUUACAAAGGGUUUCAGGUGAUAGGUCCUUUCAAAAGGUUCACGGCCAUCAUCGGGCCCAAUGGAGCCGGUAAGAGCAACUUGAUGGAUGCGAUAAGCUUUGUCCUUGGGGAGAAAACCCAGCAUCUCCGAGUCCGUAACUUGAAAGAUCUGAUCCAUGGGGCGCCCAUCGGUAAACCGGUGGCAUCCAGGGCCAAGGUGACUGCAGUGUAUGGCGAGGAGGGAGAUGAGGAGGGAGAGGGGCGUGAGGAGGACAUCCACUUCACCCGAAUAAUAGUUGGAUCUGGAACAGAGUAUCGCAUCAAUGGGAAGAUUGUGUCGCCAUCCGACUACCAGCACAAACUAGAGACUCUCGGAAUCCUUAUCAAGGCCAAGAACUUUCUCGUCUUCCAGGGAGCAGUGGAGUCUAUAGCGAUGAAGACACCCAAGGAGAGGACUCAUUUGUUUGAGGAGAUCAGCAGAUCUGGGGAGCUGGCCAAAGAAUACGAGAGAAAGAAGGAGGCUAUGCUCAAGGCCAACGAACUCACCAACUUCAGCUAUCACAAGAGAAAGGGCAUGACACUUGAAAAGAAAGAAGCACGUGCCGAGAAAGAGGAGGCAGAGAAGUAUCAGAAAUUUCAACAAGAGUUGGCUGAGGCCCAGGUGCACGAGCAGUUGUUCAAACUCUACCACAACGAGAGGGACAUUGAGGGCCUGGCAGAGGAGCUCCGAGUUAAACAGAAAGACCUCGAGAGACUGACUAGUCGACGAGGUAAGAUAGAGGCACAGCUGAAGGCCAAGAAGCAGGAGGCGGCCAAGUGGUCACGGGAGGUGGGGCUCCUUGAGAAGAAGGUGAGGGAGCAGGAGGUGGAGACCAGCAAGAGGAAGCCCCUGUACAUUAAGGCCAAAGAGAAGACCUCCCACGUUCUGAAGAGACUCGAGGCCUCAAAGCGUGCUCACAAGAAAGCCCAGGAAGAGCACAAGAAACAUCAAAAAGAGGUGGCAUGUCUGGAGCGAGAGCUGGAGGAGACACGAGAGAGAGCCGCUCAGUUUGAGGAGGAGAUGGAGGAGCAGAGCCAGGGACAGGACAUGCAGCUACUGGACUCACAGGUUGCAGAGUACAACAGACUCAAGACAAAGGCAGGGAAGAAGUCUGCUUCACUGAACCAACAACUUGAGAGAGUGAGGUUGGAGCAGCGAACUGACGAGGAGGCUCUGCACAGCUCUGAGAUGAAGAAACAAGAACUGACGAACAAAAAACAGCAGCUCAGCGAACAGAGGACUGAACAUGAGCAACGCCUGGAGAAACUGGAAACCAUCAUCAGUACAACAUCUCAGAGGGUGGCAGGGCAGAGACUAGAGUAUGAGAAACUGUCAGAGGAAGUGGGGCAGGCAAGCCUUCGCUACAGAGAGCUGAAUGACGCUCUGGAGACAGUGCAGGAGAAGCUGAGGGACGCAAGAGUCGACAGUCAGGAGAGCUCAAGAAAGCAGAAGAGAGCAGAGAUCCUGGAGAACCUGCAGCGACUCUACCCUGGAGUGUACGGGACCGUCAUUGCACUGUGUGAGCCGGUACACAGGAGGUACCAGGUGGCCAUCACAAAGGUGCUGGGGCGCAACAUGGAUGCCGUGGUGGUGGACACUGAAAAGACUGGCAAAGACUGCAUCCAGUACAUCAAGGAGCAGCAUGCUGAGCCAAUGACUUUCAUACCACUGGAUACUAUUGAAGUCAAGCCUAUCAAUGAGGCUCUGAGGCAACUUGGAGGAAAUACCAAGCUAGUGAUGGAUGUAAUUCGCUACGAUCCCCCCCAAAUCAAGAGGGCACUGCAGUUUGCUUGUGGCAAUGCUCUGGUGUGUGAAACAAUGGAGGAAGCCAGAAAGGUGGCUUUUGGAGGGUCAGAGCGGAGAAGGGCUGUGUCUCUGGACGGGACUUUGUUCCAGAAGAGUGGAGUCAUCUCUGGAGGAGCUGCUGACAUCAAGGCAAAGGCAAAGAGAUGGGACGAGAAGCAAGUGGAUGCUCUGAAGCGCCAGAGGGACCGCUACUUGGAGGAGAUAAAGGAGGUGACCGUGGUGAGGAGGAAGGAACCAGAGCUCCAGAACCUCAAGCACCAGAUGGGCAGCCUCGAAAACAGGCUCUCCUUCUCCAAGAAGGACAGGGAGGUCACUAUGGAGCAGAGUCUGUCAGAGAACAGUAGGGAGCUGGAGGUGGUGGAGAAAGAGCUCCAGGAACUAGAGCCACGACUGGACAACGUCCAGAGCUCCCUCCAGCGCCGCAGCUCCAGCGUGGCCAAGGUCCAGGCCAAGAUCAACAAACUUGAGGACGAGGUGUUUCGUGACUUCUGCAGGAGCAUUGGAGUUGCCAAUAUCAGGCAGUAUGAGGAGAAGCAGCUGAAGGGGCAGCAGGAGCGUGCUAGGAGGAGGCUGGAGUUUGCCAACCAAGUGUCCCGCCUCCAGAACCAGCUGGCCUAUGAGAAACAACGAGAUACCUCUGCCCAUGUGAAGAAAUUUGCAGCAUCCAUUCAGAAUGACGACAGCUCCAUUGCUACCUUGCAGGAGGAUGAGAGGAACAAACUGAGGGAGAUUGAAGAGUUUGAGGCUGCCAUCGAUGAGCUAAGGGAGAGGAGAAUGGUUCUCAAGAAAAAGAUUGAUGACCAGGAUGUGGAGACAAGAGAGAUCAGGAAGAUGCUUGUGGCUCAGACUAAGGACCUCACGUCAGCACAAAAGCAGAUCACUGCCAUGGAGACUGAGUUGGACCAGAAGAAGGCCGACAGGCACAGUCUCCUCAAGACAUGCAAGAUGGAGGAGAUUGACAUACCAAUGGUGAGGGGGAGCAUGGACGACAUUGGAGAUGAAGAGGGGGUGUCGGUGGGUACGUCUCAGUCAGCAGAGACUGGGUCCAGCACUGCCAUGAUGGAUGUUGACAGCAUGACCAGUCAGGGUGCCCGUAUGGUGUAUGAGAGAGAGUCACAGAUUGCCAUCAACUACGCCCGACUGGAGAGAAGACUGAAAGAAGUGGUGUAUGUAGCUGGAGGCUGUGGACGAGGUACAUCAAAUGGGAGAGGAGCUGACAGCCAAGGUGGGCAAGCUCCAGUCCACUCUCCAGAGAAUCAACGCUCCCAACAUGAAGGCUCUGGAAAAAUUGGAGGGUGUGGAGGUUCGUCUGCAGGAGUCCUCUGAGGCUUUCGAGAGGUCUCGAGAGGUAGCCAAGAAGUCCAAGAUGGAGUACGAGAAGGUCAAAAAACAGAGAUAUGACCGGUUCCAAGAUGCCUUUGAACAUGUGUCAACCAUCAUUGAUGACAUAUACAAGAAACUGUCUAACAACACUAGUGCACAAGCUUUCCUGGGGCCAGAAAAUGCAGAGGAGCCAUACCUGGAAGGAAUAAGCUACAAUUGUAUUGCUCCUGGGAAGAGGUUCCGACCAAUGGACAAUCUGUCAGGAGGAGAGAAGACUGUGGCAGCCCUCGCCCUACUGUUCUCCAUACACAGCUACCAGCCAGCUCCGUUCUUUGUCCUGGAUGAGAUUGACGCAGCUUUGGACAACACCAACAUCAACAGAGUGGCGCGGUACAUAAUGCAGGAGACGACCACCAGUUUCCAAUGUAUAGUCAUCUCACUGAAGGAGGAGUUCUACUGCCACACUGACGCUCUCAUUGGAAUAUACUCUGAGGCUGGAGGAGAGUGUACCGUGAGUAGGACUCUGACCCAUGACCUCACACAGUACCCCAGUACCAUCUCCGCUGCAUCUCCUGCCAAACCAAGGGUUCACUGAACACCAAAUAACACCCACUAGCCUAAUAAACCACUCUAGCAAGAUACUCUACAGUAGCUUCUAUACACCGAACUUCAUGCUUCAUUCAUUCUUAUUCACACCACAUUAGGAAUUUUGGAAGCGUGCAAAGCGCAAAAACAGACUCUGUAAAAAAUUAUCCACACUGUGAACAAUGACACACAAUCCCAACAAAAUAAUAUAGUGUUACCAAAAAAUUAUUCAGUCAUUAUAGAGCAUGCAUAGUGUCAAGUGCUCUGGCUGAGGUAGUUACAGAGUGAGGAGAAGAGUUUCUGGAUGAGGUCAGAGGUGCCCAGGAACUCCUCGGCCAUGAACGGCAUGACGGACGAGCCAACCUGGUGGAUGUAGGUCACCUCACACGACAUUUGGUCCUCUGACUCCCCCUCAUCAUCGGGUGGACAGUCCCUCAGAAUGUAGCCUGAUGAGAUCACGUGUGAUCGAUCGUAGCUGUCCAGCUCAGGGAGAUCUUUAUAGAGGACUGAACGGUAGGCCACUGCAUUCAGCUGGUACCCAUCAUAUUCCAUUCUUGGCCUCUCGGAGGCUAACAGGACAAAGUCUUUCGGUCGUUUGUCAGGUUGAGGGCUUUUCAUGGCCAGGUGGAUUAGAUGGUUGUCUGGAGUGAUGUCCCUCACCACACGAAUGUGCUUGCACAUGAAGUCCCAGGCUGUUCUGUCGGAGUGGUUGAGGAGUUUGCUGAACGCCUGUGCAGCAGUCACGCCUGCCACCGAGCUGCUGACACGCACCACCAGAGUGGCAUCCGUCUGGUGCUUCCUGAUGGAGAA